AGCUCAAAUCAAUUUCCAAUGUUAGAGCUUUAAGUACUUUUUUGGCCUAGCUUUAGCUACGAAGUCAGCUGUGACUGAAUCCAGACGGUCUGCACUGAGCUAACGUGGGUUCAAUGUGGACCGAGAACGCAGACUAGCAACUGCUGCACCGUUUUUUUGAACAGACCCCAUCAUGCGUGAAUACAAGCUAGUGGUGCUAGGCUCAGGGGGUGUGGGCAAAUCCGCUCUGACAGUCCAAUUUGUACAGGGAAUAUUUGUGGAGAAGUAUGACCCCACAAUAGAAGACUCCUACAGAAAGCAAGUGGAAGUAGACGGGCAGCAGUGCAUGCUGGAGAUCCUGGACACAGCGGGGACGGAGCAGUUCACGGCGAUGCGGGACCUGUACAUGAAGAACGGCCAGGGUUUUGCACUAGUAUACUCCAUCACAGCACAGUCCACGUUUAACGACCUCCAGGACCUGAGGGAGCAGAUCCUACGGGUGAAGGACACUGAGGACGUGCCCAUGAUCCUGGUGGGGAAUAAGUGUGACCUGGAGGAGGAGCGGGUGGUGGGGAAGGAGCAGGGCCAGAACCUGGCCCGCCAGUGGAACAACUGUGCCUUCUUAGAGUCUUCAGCCAAAUCCAAGAUCAACGUUAACGAGAUCUUCUAUGACCUGGUCAGGCAGAUAAAUAGGAAAACGCCGGUGGAAAAGAAGAAGGCGAAAAAGAAAUCAAACUGCACUCUGCUCUAAAGCUCCCGCCCGCAGCAGCUCUGAGCCAGGUGAGUGGGCGUGGCUACACCCGCUU